AACAAUCAGUCAGCUUUCUUUCUUUCCCUCGUAAGAGAUCUGCUUCGAGGCAUCUCUCAACUUCUUUGGUGGACCCAAUUUUUUUUUUUAUACUUCUAUUACUAACCUUUAACAAAAAUUCAUGAUUCCACUCCACUUUUUUUAUUUGGGUUUUGUGUUCUUCUUAACAUCAAAUCCUUGCUUUUUAAAUGAUUCUCUUCUAUCCAGUUUUUUCUUAAUUUCAAGCCCUUCGGUAUAAUUACAUGGUUGAGUUAAUUAAAUAAGCUUGUAGAAGAAAGAAGAGUUGCAGUGAAAGAUGUCUUCGAGGUCAACUCAGAGGACAAGUAAGAUGUCUUCAAGGUCAACUCAGAGGACAAGUUCUAGGGGUAGUUCGGCUCGUUCGAGGCAUGAUGCCUGGGUAAUGGCUCAAACCCCCAUUGAUGCCAAGCUUGCUUUGGAUUUUGAUGAGUCGAAGCGCCACUUUGAUUAUUCAUCUUCAGUUGAUGUCAAUUUGUCAAAUUCUACUAGCAAUAUCUCUCCUUCAACAGUGUCAUCCUACCUUCAAAAGAUCCAAAGAGGGAGUCUUGUCCAGUCUUUCGGGUGUCUGAUUGCCAUUGAUGAGCAGGACUUCCGUAUCCUUGCGUACAGUAAAAAUGCCCCUGAGCUGUUGGAGUUAAAUCCAACUGCUGCCCCUAGCUUCCAACAACGUGAGGUUCUAAAUCUUGGAACCGAUGUAAGAACUCUUUUUAAAGAAUCAAGUGCUUCUUCACUGCAAAAAGCUGUACGUGUUUCUGAGGUUAAUCUUCUCAAUCCCUUGCUUGUUCAUUGUAAAAACUCGCAUAAGCCUUUUUAUGCCAUUCUGCACAGAAUUGAUGUGGGGUUGGUCAUAGACUUGGAGCCAGUAAUUGCUGAUGAUACAGAUGUAACUGCAGGAGCUUUAGAGUCUUAUAAGCUUGCAUCUAACGGGAUGUCAAGAUUGCGAUCAUUGCCCGGCCAAAAUAUUCAACUUUUCUGUGAUGUUUUAGUUGACGAAGUGAAGGAAUUAACGGGUUAUGAUAGGGUAAUGGUGUAUAAAUUUCAUGACGAUGAGCAUGGGGAAGUGAUUGCUGAGUAUUGUAGGCCUGAAUUGGAACCUUAUCUUGGUUUGCAUUAUCCAGCAACAGAUAUACCUCAAGCUUCGAGAUUUUUGUUUUUGAGAAACAAGGUGAGGAUGAUAUGUGAUUGUCUUGCUUCUCCCGUGAAGGUGAUUCAAGAUGAAAAAUUGACUCAACCACUGAGUCUUGGUGGAUCAACUUUAAGAGCGCCCCAUGGUUGUCAUGCACAAUAUAUGGCAAAUAUGGGUACCAUUGCAUCCCUUGUAAUGGCUGUGACAAUUAAUGAAGAUGAUGAUGAGGUUAAUGAUGGACAGAGAGGAAGAAAGCUAUGGGGCUUGGUUGUGUGUCAUCACACAAGAUCCAGAUUUUUUUCAUUUCCUCGAAGAUCUGCAUGUGAGCGUUUAGUUCAGGUCUUUGGCAUACAAAUAAACAAGGAAGUUGGUUUGGCUGCUGAAAUGAGGGAAAACCACAUAUUGAAAAUUCAAACUGUGCUUUGUGAUAUGCUCAUGAGAGACUCCCCUGUAGCCAUUGUUACCCAAUCACCUACUGUAAUGGACCUGAUUAAGUGCGAUGGAGCUGCACUCAUCUUUAAGAGCAAAGUAUGGGCCCUUGGUAUCACUCCAACUGAGGAACAGCUUAGAGAUAUAGCUCAGUGGCUUGUUGAUCACCAUGGCCCCACUAAAGGAUUCAGUACUGAUAGCCUAAAGGAAGCUGGUUACCCUAAUGCUUCACAACUUGGGGAUGCAGUCUGUGGGAUGGUUGCAGUUAGGAUAACUUCAAAAGAUAUCCUGUUUUGGUUUAGGUCCCAUACAGUGAAAGAAAUAAAAUGGGGUUGUGCAAAACAUGACCCUGUGGACACCGAUGAUAGAAGAAAGAUGCAUCCAAGAUCAUCAUUUAAUGCCUUCUUAGAGGUAGUCAAGUGGAGAAGUCUACCUUGGGAAGACAUGGAGAUGGAUGCUAUCCAUUCAUUACAGCUCAUAUUACGAAGAUUAUUGAAGGAUAGUGCUACAAUUACAGAUGAUUCAAAAACCACUACAAACAAUUCAAAAAUGAUUGUGAAUGUGCCUGGAGUUGAUAAUUCACUAGUGAAUCAACUCCAAACUGUGACUGGUGAAAUGAUUCGUCUCAUUGAAACAGCUGCUGUUCCAAUUUUCUCUGUGGACGCGUCUGGUGUCAUUAAUGGAUGGAAUGUCAGAAUGGCAGAAUUAACUGGUUUGCUUAUAGAGAAAGCAGUUGGCUUACCUUUAGUUGAUGUUGUUGCUGACGAAACAGUUGGAACAAUUAAAAAUGUCCUCUCCUUGGCUGUACAAGGCAUAGAAGAGAAAGAUGUUGAAGUAAGAUUAAGAACCUUUGGUUCCCUAGAAAAGGAUAACCCUGUGGUUUCAGUAAAUGCAUGUUGUAGUCGGGAUGUGGAUGAAAAUGUUACAGGAAUUUGCUUUAUCGGGCAAGAUGUUACUUUACAGAAAGUUAUUAUGGAAAAAUAUACUCAACUGCAGGGUGAUUAUACUGGAAUUGUGAGGAACCCUAAUCAUCUUAUUCCUCCAAUAUUUAUGAUGGAUGAGCAAGGUCUAUGCUUGGAGUGGAAUGAUGCAAUGGAAAAACUAUCUGGUUUUGGGAAAGAGGAAGCCAUUGGUCGGAUGCUUCUUGGGGAGGUGUUCACUACUGAAAGUAACGGUUGCCAGGUCAAAGAUCAUGACACCUUAACCAAGCUCAGAAUACUACUAAAUAAAAUAAUUGGAGGUGCGGAUGCAGAUAAAGUGCGUUUUAUGUUCUUGGAUCGGCAUGGUAAAUGUGUUGAUGCAUUGCUCUCUGCAAGUCCACGAACUGAUGCUGAAGGAAAGGUCACUGGAGUUUUGUGUUUUCUCCAUUUACCAAGUCCAGAACUUCAAUAUACCGUGCAUUUGCAAAGGAUUUCAAAAAAGGCUGCUGAGAAUACCCUAAAUAAGUUAGCAUAUUUCCGAGAGCAAAUCAGAAAUCCAAUACAAGGGAUGCUAUUUACACGCAAUUUGGUGGAAUCAUCUGAGUUGAAUGGAGGGCAAAAGCAGUUGAUGGUGACAAGGGCAUUGUGUGAAGAUCAGUUAAUGAAGAUCGCUGAGGACACUGAUAUCCCAAGCAUUGAGGAAGGUUACAUGGAAACCAUAACUGCUAAAUUCAAUCUUGGGGAUGCUCUUGAGGCUGUCAUGAGUCAGGUAAUGCCCUUUAGCCAGGAAAGCCAGGUGCAGCUCAUGCGUAAUUCACCUUCUGGUCUAUCUUCUAUGUAUCUGGAUGGAGACAGUUUGAGGCUACAGCAAGUCCUUUCAGAUUUUUUGGCGGUUGCUAUCCGUUUUACCCCUGCAUGCAGUGGAUCCUCUGUUAUGUUCAUGGUAAAUCCUAGAAGGGAAUCUCUAGGAAAAAAGAUGCAACUUCUUCGUGUUGAAUUUAGGAUUAUACAUCCAUCCCCAGGGGUCCCAGAAGAUCUGAUCCAAGAGAUGUUCCACCGAAACACAGGCAUGUCAAGAGAAGGACUGAGCUUGUACAUUAGCCACAAGCUUGUCAGAACCAUGAAUGGUACUCUGCAAUAUCUUAGGGGGGAAGGUCACUCAUCUUUCAUCAUUCACCUGGAAUUUCCGCUCAUCCAAGAUAUUGGCCACAAGUGAAAUUACUUUUAACUUCUUAAGCAAAGAUGCUGUCAAAACUUGGAAGAAAUCUUAUUCCAAGAAGGCAGUUCAAGAACUGAUCUCUGUAGCCUAGCAUCAGUUUUCAGACAUUGUUUGCAGGUGGGGCUUUCACACCUUUCAGUGUUCCAUUUUGUGGUUCAAGCCCUCAGUUACAUUCUGAACUUGUGGUUUUAUUGGAAGCUGUAGGCUGUAGCUGAAGGGAAUAUUUUAGGACUUUGAAAAUGGUGGAUAUUCGUCAGAAUAAUGACUUCCAAAUGAAUUCGGUAAGGAGGUGAUAUGUACCCUAUGAGCUGCUAUGUGCAGAUUAUUUUCGAUGUUUCUCUACAGGAUGAAGCUGAGUAAAAUAAAACAGAUAUGUAUAUAUGCUGAUCUGUCACUUCUGUUCUGUUGUAAUUUGUGAAGUAGCUAAAUCAGGUAGGUUGGUUUGUGCAAAAGAGGGCUCCAGGGUACUCUCUUCUAGGAGAUAGUCUUCAGAUUGUAGUUCGAUAACAGUAGCUGUAGCUAGAAUAUGGGAAAAUCUGAUGAAUAGAGGGCAGAAUACCUCAAGGUUCAUAGAAGAGUCAGUCUGUAUAUGCAACAAACAUCUAAUUGACAUUAAUCCACUGCUUGACAUGGGUUUGUAUGACUAUGCUUAAAACUUUCUAACUA